AUGACAGCAACAACUCACGCCGCAUUCAAUGCAAACACUGAAAGUCUCGAGGUCGCCAAGGCAUUCGCUGAAAGAGUUCACGGCAGCACUAUCAUAGUCGCCGGUGUUAAUCGCGGUGGAAUUGGGUUCUCGACUGCACAGGCCUUCGCCUCUCAAUCCCCCGCCCAUCUCAUCAUCUCUGGUCGUAACCCAUCGAAGAUCCAGGAAUGCAUCGAUGCUCUCAAGGAGGAGUUCCCCAACGUCGAGUACCGCAGCUUGCAGAUUGAUCUCUCCAGCCAGCAGUCUGUCCGUGCUGCAGCUGCCGAGGUUCUCUCCUGGUCUGACGUGCCAACUGUCGACAUACUUGUGAACAAUGCCGGUGUCAUGGGCGUCCAAGAGCGUACCCUGAGCAAAGAUGGCAUCGAGAUGCACUUUGCGACAAACCAUAUCGGACACUGGCUAUUCACGUGUCUCAUUAUGCCCAAGUUCAUCAAAGCUUCUGAAGGCAAUCCAAAGGGAGCCACUCGAAUUGUCAAUGUUAGCUCCGCCUCACCCAUGGUAGCGUGCAUGCGCUGGAGUGACAUCAACUUCGACAAGCCAAACAAGGAGCUGCCGGAAGCAGAGCAGCCAAAUUACGACUGGCUUAAGGUAUGGGGCUACACAGAUGUGGAGAACCAGUCAUAUAUUCCCCUCGAUGGCUACAAUCGCAGCAAAGUUGCAAAUGUGCUGUUCGGAAUUGGCGCCAACAAGAGAUUGUACGACAAGUACGGGAUCUUGACCCUCGCCGUCCAUCCAGGAGUAAUCCUCACAGAGCUGGGGAGGAAUUUUCCUGCGGAAACACUCGCCGCAAUCAAGGGGAUGAAUGAGAAUGGAAUAUUCACCUAUAAAACAUUAGGCGCAGGAGCGUCGACAAGCCUGGUUGCUGCAUUGGAUCCGAAACUGGAGGCUGGCGAAACCAACAAGGAUAGCGAGAACCAUGGAGCCUACCUGGUUGAUUGCCAGAUCAAUGACAAGGCCCGCCCUCUUGCGGUGUCCAGCGAGGAGGCUGAGAAACUGUGGAAGCUCUCCGAGGAGCUGGUUCAGCAAAAGUUUACUUGGUGA